AUCCCAAAUGGUUAUAUGGCCAAUGAAUCAUUCUCAUGCAGGUCAUAAAUCUCUACUUUGAGUUGCUGAAAGAAAGGGAAAUGAGAGAGCCAGAGAAGUUUUUGAGAUGUCAUUUUUUCAACACAUUUUUUUACAAAAAGUUAAUUAGUGGGAGAUCUGGCUUUGAAUAUAGCGCUGUCAAAAGAUGGCCUACUGCAAAGAGGCUGGGAUAUGGUCUCAUUGAAUGUGACAAAAUAUUUGUCCCCAUCCACAAUGAAAUACACUGGUGUUUGGCGGUUAUAAAUAAGAAAGACGAGAAGUUUCAGUAUCUUGAUUCACUUGGAGGGAAGGAUCAAAACGUGCUAAGAGUACUGGCGAAAUAUUUUGUAGAAGAAGUAAAGGACAAGAGUGGACAAGAUGUUGAUGUGAGUUAUUGGGAACAACAAGUUGUUGAAGAUCUUCCUGAGCAAGAAAAUGGGUUUGACUGUGGCAUGUUUAUGAUAAAAUAUGCCGACUUUUAUAGCAGAGGUCCUGGGCUUUGUUUUAACCAGGAACACAUGCCCUAUUUUCGUAGGAGAACAGCCAAGGAGAUUCUGAAUUUGAGAGCUGACUAAUUGAAGAUGUGAUGCUGCCGCUUCAAUGACAAGCUGUAGUAUCCAUUUAAUCCAAGCACUGGCAGUACUAUUGUGCACAUUGUUGAUAGGUUGUGCAUUUGCCGUGGAUGAUAUUUUUUGGGUGGUUGCGAUGAGGGCUUUUGGUGUAAUUAGCUAUUCAAGAGCUCCCGAAUUGGGAUCAUAUGAGGCAGGGCCGGAAUCUGAAUAUCUGAUAUGUAUGGUGGGAUUAUAAGUGAGGCGUAUUGUUUGCUGGCGUUCAAGCCUAUAUUGGAUAUUCAAAAAGCAAGCUUCUCAGUUAUUAAAAAAAUUGUUAACUGGGAUUGGGAAUUAUUGCACUGUUUUUUAAGCAUUCAUUGAAGAAUUUACCGGUUCUUAUUACAGAUUUCUUCAAAUAACAUGCUUUCCAAGCAAAUUUCAGUUCUUUAAAAA